UUAUAAAGCACUACUGGCUGUGCUAUUGACGGGAGUUGUGGCUGCGAUUAUGUAGUACAUACCGAACCGAAGCUGAGAUAUAUUAAUCCGGGUAGGUCUAUGUGCUGUACCAAAUAGCGAGCAGCCAGUUGGUCCGCUGCGUAAGACUACCGGUAAUAUAUAGUAGGUACCUGCCUAUUAAAGAAGCUGUUAAUUCCCGGAUCUCUUGUUCAUUUUUGGCGCCUGAGGCAAUAUUAUUCGGCGGCCCUUGCCGGCUUGCAUCAGGAACGAGCAUGUGUUUGUAACUCCCUUGCGGCUGAGUCGGGUGUCGCUUGGUUUUCUUUCCGAAUCCCCGCCUGCCGCGGCGACUGCUUGGGGCAACGACCGGGGUGCCAAGCAACUUCAGACCACCACUCUCCGCCUUCUUUUCCGUCCAUACUUCGUCUCAUCAACCCCCCCAGCCUCGGAUAUCUCGCGUUCUCACAUCAAACGGGAAUGGCGCAUCGGCCCCUCAACCAGGGAUGACCUCGCGAGCCUCAUUGGGCGUCCAGCAGCGACAAGCCCAGAGGCCGCUGAGCGGCUCGGGCUUGUCGCAGAGACCAGCGCAUCAGCGCAGUCUGUCACAGCAAUAUUUGCCCCAGUCUCCCAUCCGGAAAGAGGCACCCUUUCUCGACCUCAACCAGUCCGAUGCGGCCGAUGUCGCCCAAGGUCGGUAUGCCACCCAGCGAAGGGGCGGGUCGAGGCUCAAGCUGGAGCUGUCCCACGACGUCGCCGACACCAUCGCGCAGGCGGGCAUUAGCGAGUCCCCUAGCACCCUCGACUCGUCCAAGCCCAUAACGCCAUCGCGUGUCAUGCCUCCCACCGACGCCUCUGACCUCGGGGAUAUGAGCCCGCACGCGUCCACCAGAGCACAAACUGCCGAAGCAGACUCGAACCCUUUACCCGUGCCCCCCCGGCGGCCUCGCUUUACACUCCCCGUCCCCCGUCAGGAUUCCUCGACCCCAAUCGUUACACCUAUCAAGAAAGAUUCAAAGCCAAAGGUAUACACUGUGGAGACCCCGUCUGCGGCUCCCCGCUACAUCACCCAUGGUACCACCGACCAACCUGCGAAGGCAAGCUCUACCGCACCCACGCCCAACCGCGGCGGCUCCUCUUCGGCCACAGGAUUCGCCGAUUUCUACCCCUGGACUGGAGCCCACCCUGAAGACAAGUUCUCCGAGCAUGUCAUCCGCCAUGGCUUCUUCGACAAGGCCCCCGUUGCGCAGACCGAAACCUCGUCGGCCAAGGGAGGCCUGUUUGGUUCAGUUAAGCAUCAUAAGAGCGGCCUCCAUGCGCUGUCUACAAUCUUCACGGGGGUGCUUGGGCAACGGCGACAUAAUGGUCGCAUUACCGCGCCAUCCACCUUCAAGCCGCCUCCGCGAGUUACCCUCACCGAUACGAAGCGAGAGAUGUGGCUCAAGGACCUUGCGAACCCUGCAAUUUCUCUCCGUCGACUCAGCCGGACAAUCCCCCACGGCAUUCGCGGGAAAGUCUUGCUGGAUCAAUGCUUGAAUAAAUCCGUCCCCGUCGAUCGCGCGAUCUGGCUAGCAAAGUGUGUCGGGGCGAACGAAAUUCGAGCGUUUAAGAGGAAGGGGGUCAACGGCACCUUCGUCAUGGGCGGCGAAGCAAAGUGGAUUAGAGACUGGACAGUCUUUGUGGAGCAAUUUGUCGAGAGCGUCUUCUCGGCCUUUGGGGAUGCCAACUGGAAGUCGAAGGUCAACUAUGCCAUUCGACUUGCAACCCACCUCUAUGCCGAACACCUCCUGGAUCGAGACCAUUAUAUGGAGUGGCUCAUCUCCGGCCUCGAGAACAGCCCACAGGCCAAGCUGCCGAUGUGGAUGCUUAUUAUGCAGAUCUACUGGAACGAUCUCCUCCGAAUGAGGAAAAGCGGCCGUAGAUUGGUUACAGCUCUCCUGAGUCACCUCCAUGUAAUCCAGACUCACCCCGACAAGGACAUACUUGCCCCCUUGUCUUCUAAUCUAGCAUCACUACUGUCAACCCUGAUGGCGGCUAGCCCCGAAAACUUCGUUUCGCCUACCGCAUGGUUCAAGUAUCGUGAUACCCUCCUUUCCAGUUUACCAGCAGACGACGACCCUCACCUGGACCUCCUGAAACGGAUCACACAUCGAAAUGAACAGCUUAUAGCAUCAGGAAACAGGUCCCGGCCUGCAGCACGGCACAUCCUUGUCAAGAUAUUGGACAGCACCCUCCAGUCAUUCGUGUCCGAUGAGCUCCCGGGCCAAUGCUGGGAUGUUGCCAGGGAUAAGUCGGCUCUUGUCAGGACUCUACUCGAGUGGUGCACGUCCAUGUACCGCCCCGGAAUUGCCAAGGUCUAUGUUACCAGUCUAGUACUCCUUUCCUGGAGCACGAUGGGUGUCGAUGUCACCGCAGAAGUCCUAGACUUCUUGGAUUCAGACACCCUCGAAGAGGCUGGCCGGAGGACUACUCUCUACCACCUCAUCUGCGAGCUCGUGCGAUCGGGCCAAUUUUUCGUUCCGAGCUACAUUCAAUGGCUGAUAGCUCGCGGCGGCAUUCUCAGGGAGCAGGAUGUAUCCCCUGAAGGCCCUUGCGGAAUGAGGCUACUGGUUGAACUCCCCACUCACGCUCUCACCGAUUCGCAGAGGUCCCUCAGGGCUGGCAUGCUACGUCGCGCAUCAUUCUCUGUGGAGGACGAAGCUGAAGAUGCCGGAAUGGCGAUCAAAUGUCUCAAGUCUACCCUUGGUAUCUCCAUGGAAUCUCCCGACGAGAUGUUGCAGCGAAAGCCCUUGUCGGUCAGCAAACUAUCCAAACGAAUAGGUCUGAGUAGCCGUGCGCUCAAGGCCGAGGUCGGCUCUUGGCUUAGGAACAAUCUUGUUUCGAAUCUGGACCACGAAUCGAAAGAUGGUCACCAGGGACCCGAGAUUUCACCCACCACUUUCAACGCCGUACGAGCUAUUUUCGAGUCGGCGGGGGAUUUCUCCAUGUUUGCCGACGUUCUAAAAACAAUUUCCAGGGUAUCAAGCGUGGAUAUCCUAGCUUCCUGCACCGAUACGUUAAGCCGGCAUAUUUCCAUCUUUGCUGCUCUGGGAGUCGGCAGGGACCUGUUCGACACAUUCCACGGAAGACUGAAAUCCCUUGCCGAGGAACAGGGAAUAGGGGCUCGACCUCUCCUAGCUUCGCUUGCCGGCUUGGCGCCGCGGAUACCCAAGCUUGAGAAGCUGGCAGCUCAGUUGCAGAAGGACCUGGCCCAGAGCGACCGAAGCAACCCAGUCGAUGCCUGCUCUCCCGUGUCAGAUAAUAUGGGAGCGAGGCUGCAAGAUAACGACAGCGACCUGCAGGAGGAAAUCGAGAAGCAUCUCGCGAGCGGCACCACCAUCGACCGCCAUACUAUGGACCGAUUCUUCCAGCUUGUUGCUGCAAGACUCCAGAACUCGUGGGGUAAGUCGGCCGACAGCCAGCGUGCGUAUAGCCUACUCCUGGCGCGGCUACGAGUCUUGGAUGCGCAACUUUUUGAUACGCUCAUGGCAAAAUGGGUGUCUUACAUCCGAUCAAUGGGCAGCCGGCCGUCAAUUCUGCAGAUAUUCCCGCUUCUCGUUAGCGUAGGAUGUCUGAGCAUACCUCUCGUGCUGGCCUGUACGCACGGUGAACCGCCUACCCCUGCUGUGGGAAAUGGGCCUCCUCGCCCUGCUGCUACCCCUGGACCUGGGUCUGUUGCUGCGUUGCAGUCCAUCCAGGUGACCUAUCGCACCCGCUACGUUCAAGAAAUCCUUCAAUUUUUGAUGACGCCACCUUUGCCGGACAGCCUCAUUACGGCCGAGGAGUGCUACCGCAUCGCCAUAUUACAAGACGAGGCCCAGAGGGAGAACCAGAGCGACAUCCUGGCCGUUACCCGACUGGCGUUGGCGGAAUAUUCUCUCUGUCAUGACAAGAAUGACACCAAUGCGCUUCCUUUAGACGACCCGGCGACCAAGGACCGUCUGGUUGGCAUGCUACGGUCGCUCGCCUUGAAGGAUACGGCGGGGGUGUCCAAGGCACUGGCAAUCAGGAGCCCCGGUCCGUUUAUCGGGAACUGGAUUGAUUGCCUGGCCACCAAGCUACUCAUCCCCACCGCCGACCAAACUACCCAGGUCACCUUCGAUCAGGUGCUCGAGCUUACCGACGAGUUCACUCUCCCAUUCUGUCAGCUCAAGCUCUCUCUGAGCCUCGCACUGGGAGACCAGGCCAGCCCGGACUCGACUGAGCGGCUGCAAUCUCAUCUCGAGCUCUUUGCCAAGGCCAUGGACAAUGCUAUCGACGCCAAGAAUAUUACCUGGACUGGAAUGCUCUCCUCCCUUAGUCCAGAGCUCACACAUCAUCUCAAGAACAGGGCUCAGGGCCGCUUUCUGAAUCUCCUUCCCUCGACAAGGAACCCGCCGUCUGCGGAACGCAGCCUCGCGCAGAGUCUACAGAUGGCCGAGAACUUGCUCUCGGUCAUCGACGCAAUCGUCAGGGGCGGUUCGAUGGGGCGACCUCCCCAGCUUGUCCCAGCCAUCGUCGACAAACUCGCUGAUAUGUGGGAGAUCCUGUCGUCGACCGACGACGCAACCAAGGCCGCCGUUAUCGACCACUGGCUGCCUUCGCUGCUGACGUUCAUUACCCUCCACACAGCGACAUUCGACACCAGCAAGGCGGGUAGCGAAGUCCUCGCCAGGGCGCUCCUCGUGCUGUGCGGAAUCCUGCAGGAACUCGACCUCGUCCAGGGUGACGGCAUCGGACCGGCAUCGGCCAGGGCUGUCGCCGACCGGGUCUUCGACCUGACCCUGCUCCUGGUCGACAACCUGGCCGACGACGCGCGCGCGCAUUGCGUCCGCGCCGUCAAGGACGCCAGCUCGGACGUGCGGCUGCGCUACAUAUUCAGCUUCGCCCGCCCGCCCGGCGAGCACCUGAUGCUGAGCCACAGGGACAAGCAGCAGCAGCAGAGCCCCGGGCUCGCGGGGAGGGUGGCGGGGGCGAUCCCUGGCGGGGGCCUCCUGGGCACACCGGCGGCGCUGUGGGGCCAGGCGGUGAACGGGCCCGAGAGGCUGACCGCCUUCCAGCUGCGGAGGUGGGAGGUGCUGAACGAGCCCACGCCGAACGUGGGCGAGAACGACACGGCGCUGAGCUUGGCGCUGUUCGAGGCGAGGAAGGUGUAGUGAAUUCUUGUCUGUUGCCUCGGACGAGAUAUCAUGCUAUAUCCCCUCCGGCGAGGGACACACUAGAGGGAUAUUACUGCCGACGGACGAACAGGAAAUAAGGGCUUGGUGUCCCCGAGCAAGAGGUGGCAUUGCAUUGUUUGAAGCGGCGCAUCGGGGAUAUAGACGUGGAGGUCGGUGAGAUGUGAGCAUUCAUGGCGACAGUCCUGCUUUCGAUAGACCGCCUUUUGGUGGUCCUUUUUUUAUUAUUUUCUUUUUUUGCUACAUGGUUACGAUUCACGCCGGGACGAGGGUUCCCUCAUAUAUUCAUGAUCAGCGGAGUUUGGGUGUGUCAUCGGUCAGGUGGUUGAGACUUAGGUAGUCUGUCCGUCUGUCUGCAUCUGGGAAUCAGAGUGUGUCGUGGAUACCAGCCGAGUGUAGAACUGAGACGAAUAGGAAUGGCAAAUUGACAAACCCUGUGUCGAUGUUUGACACGGGGUUAUAAUGAA